AUGAUGCGCAUCGAUGAUUUCAAACCAUUAGAAAACGAUGAAAAUAGUGUUAGUAAAUCAAUCAUGGAUCCUUUCGAUGUUGAAAUGAAUUUUAAUAUGUUAAUAAAUAAUUUCGACAAUGAUGAUGAUAAAAAUAAUAGCAGUAAACUAGAGAAUAUCGACAAUAAUUUACUUUCACAAGAAACCAAUGAUGACAAAGAUAAAUAUUCAAACGAAAAAUCAGUGAAAGUAGAAUAUAUUCAAACAAUCAUCAAUGAACCAAAAAAAAAUCAUUCCAAAAAAAAGCAAUUAUUAAAAAAAUAUGCUCGUACCCGCUUUGGAUUUAUUAAUGAUCUUAUACGAAAACAAGCCUGGCUCUAUUUGAUGGAUUCACCCGAUUACUGCAAAUUGAAAUUAAACACGGAAAACAAUUCUCAACAAUAUUUUACAUAUGAUGGAACAUAUUAUAGUGCUGAACGAAAAGAAAUUGAAAUGCAUCGUGAUUACGUUCAAGUUCGUAAGGAUGUAGAACGAACACUUAAAAGAUUUCUGCCAAAUUAUUCUCAAAAUGAACGACUUGAAUUACAAGAAAUCUUGAUUGAUGUUAUUAUUAAAUUACUUCUUAAACACGACAAAUUAAACUAUUACCAGGGAUAUCAUGACAUCUGUUUAACAUUUUUAUUAGUGCUUGGUGAAGAAAAUUGUUUACCAUUAAUCGAUACAAUAACUGAUACACAUCUGACAGUUUUUAUGGAACCGACAAUGGAUCAGACAAUUGAACUGUUAUACUAUCUAAUGCCUUUAGUAAAUGCUAUUAAUAGUGAAGUGGCUGAACAUAUUCAAAGAAGUAAUGUUGGUGUUAUGUUUGCAGUGGGAUGGAUUAUAACUUGGUUUACUCAUGUUUUGGAUAAAUUAGAAACCGUUUUUCGUCUAUAUGAUCUAUUUGUUGCAUCACACAAACUCAUGCCAAUUUAUGUUGCAGCUGAAAUUAUAAAUUUGAAAAGUGAUCGUAUACUAGAAACAGAAUGUGAAAUGACAUGUUUACAUCCAUUAUUAACUCGUUUACCAUCGACAUUAAAAGAUGAGGAAUUUGAAUUAGUAAUUGAACGAGCAUUAACGUUAUUUGAUAAAAUACAUCCAGAUACACUUGGAUUAUUAAAUGAUAAUUGGAAAAAAAGAUGUGAAUCUAUUAAAUCGCAACCAUGGCUAUAUGACGCGAGCAAUGAUGAUGAAAAUAAAUCUUAUAGCACUCUUCGACAACGUUCAGCUGCAUUGACAGAUGAGCAAGUUCAAAAUAUUCCACAUUUUGUUUUGUGGAGUUUUACAUUAUCGGCCGGGAUUGCUGCCAUUUACAUUUGGAACCAGACACAACGAAGCAAUGAUCUAACACAAAUAUUAGAUUUAGGUGAUCUUUUUUCGUUACUUUAUGGCACACGAUAA